AUGACCAUCGAGGAAACUUUUCUACUCGCUGCUGAGAUCAAUGAUAAGCGAGUCAAGGUUGGUGUUUGGGGCAAAGCCUCAAAGAGUCUACAUCAAGUUACUACUGCUGCAACUGCUGAAACCGCUUCCGCUCCGCAAUCUUCAAAGUCCUUUUGUCGCAAGAGGAAGAACAACAACAACAGUAGCAAAAAUUGCGCUGUCACUACUGCUGCCCCGCUCCAAUCAAUUCCUGCUCAACUGCAGCCUCAACACCGCCAGGUCGCGGCACCAGUUACCUAUGCAUUGCCGGCCAAGCGUGCAUAUACUGGUCCUCACCCUGCUUGCCCAACAUUUAAAUUGGCUCACGUGGAGUUGUCGAGUCUUCUAGAUGCAGCGUGUGACACUGAAACAAAGAUGGUAGAGAUGUCGGCUUUAAAUCAUCUGAUGUCAACACAUGUGUUGCAACAGGCUCAACAAAUAGAGUAUCUGUAUGACCAGGCGGUUGAAGCAACGAAAAACGUAGAGAUGGGUAACAAGGAAUUGACACAAGCCAUCCAGCGAAACAGCAGUAGCCGAACAUUUCUUUUGCUUUUUCUAGUUGUGCUUACGUUUUCUGUUCUCUUUCUUGACUGGUACAGUUGAAUGUUUCUUUUCGUCAACUCGUUUUGAUUUCAUAUUUAUGAAGUUCAAA